GGUUUUUGCACAUGCGCAUUCACAGAUGACAGAUACAGUUGUCGACUUCAAGCUUGUUUGCUCGAGUACAGGCAGUGCAGUGGGCUAUGGCCCAAGAACGGUCCUCUUUGCUUCUUAGAAGACAACUUGCAGAGCUACACAAGUGCGGCAGUGAAGGAUUUUCUGCUGGACUUAUUGAUGAUGAUGAUGUCUACAAGUGGGAAGUUGUAAUUUAUGGACCACCCGAUACAUUGUAUGAAGGGGGAUAUUUCAAGGCCCACCUAUACUUUCCUAAAGAGUAUCCCAAUCGGCCUCCAAAAAUGAAAUUUGUGUCUGAAAUGUGGCACCCAAACAUCGACCAAGAAGGCAAUGUAUGCAUCUCCAUCUUACAUGAACCAGGUGACGACAAAUAUGGGUAUGAGAAGGCAAGCGAACGAUGGUUACCUAUUCACACUGUAGAAACUAUACUUGUCAGUGUCAUCUCCAUGCUUGCUGACCCAAAUGAUGAGUCACCUGCAAAUGUAGAUGCUGCAAAAAUGUGGAGGGAGCAGCCAGAAGAUUUCAAAAAGAGAGUGUCUAAAUGUGUACGGAAAAGUCAGGAUGAAUUCUUAUAAUGUUAGCACACGGGUGGAACAUUAAAGGCCAUACUAAUGUCAACCCAGGAUAGUAUUGCAGUUUGGUACAAAAUGCAUUAGUUUGAACAUCACAGAUUGAUUUGAAAACAACUACCACAGAGGAAAUUCUCCAACAGCUAACCUAUCUUCUCCCAGGGUGGUGGGUGGUAGUUUUUCAUGAGAAACAGUAAAUCUUCUAUUUAUUUGACUGCACAACAGCGCAGCUAAUUCAGGAGCUUUCACCAAUUUUUUUCCAGAUCUUUUUGUGAUCUAUCACCAACAAAGCAAUCUUGAGGUGAGAAAAUGCUUCAUUUCCAUCCACAGCUGUCCAGUUUCUCAUGCUAAUCAUGGCAUAAGGCUGUUGAAGACCCAUGAAAGUAGAGAAUGUGUACAGUUUCUAGUGUUAAAGAUUGCACAUAUUUAACUACCUUUGGUCCUGAAUGACAUUUUGUGCUUUUCACAUUUAUGUAUGAUACAUGUACAACUCACUUUUCAUGCGUUUUACACUACACAUUUUUAAGUGUGCAAGGCUCACAAUUAUUGUCCAUUUUAACCUCUGUACACAGAGGUGGUUACUAUGGAUGCAAGGAUUGAAAGAAACAUACCAUGCAAUUUUCUUUACUCCUGCAUCCAGAAGUAUUUGAACGGUGUUCUAACAUGCACUCAGAUGUUUAAUACUAUGUGCCACAUAUUCAGUCACGUUCAAAAGUUCUGGAGCAAGAAUUUUUCACCUGGAAUCUUGCUGAAGUGAAAUUGUGGAUUGUUGAAAUGGGAAGGGUAGGACUUAAUAAUGGAAAGUGGAUUUCAAGUGAGUUGUACAACUGAAUCAGCCAUGGGAAAGAAAGCCAAUGUAUAUUCUGUAGCAUUCAAAAUGUGUGAAGCUCAGGUAAUAGUGUGAUCGUGGUGAUAGUACUUAGGUCAGUUUGUUACCUGCAGCCAUUUACUAAGUGCUGUUUCAUCUUAAGUAUGAAUCAGCAGUCAUAUAAACUGUUUAUAUAAAACUGGUGCAUCUACUGUCCGCAGACAUUUCGUCAGUAAGUUAAAUCUCUGCUAAUUUUUUUUUUAUAUAUAUAUAGACUGUCAGUUGCAACUCCUUAAGCUUGUGUGUGGAUAUGUGCAAAUGUAAAUGCAUUGAUAAAACAAUGCUUGUGUGUGAUGACUUGCAAGGAAGUUCGCAUGCUUGUUUAUUAACAUGACGAAAACAUCAAAUCUCGGGUAACUUGUAUGUAGACCUUACUAGUUUGGCAUGGGAAUGUUAGAAAUUUCUGGUGUAAUAAACAGUGAGUCUUGGUA